CUGAACCGGAAUGCACGAUCAAGAGCAGCGGUGUCUUGGAAUAACAAUCUAAUUAUUAAUAUUAUUAAUUUUAAUAAAAUUUCCAUCGAAAAUGUCUUCACCAGACGAGACAAAUAAGUCAAACAACGACACUUCCGAAGACACAAUUCCACUUAAAAAUGCCGACAAAUCAAAUGGCAGCAAAAACAGCCUUUGCAAAGAUCAAUCCAGUGAUGCCACCAUCGAUAUUAACGACACAACGACAAAAGAACGGAAAAAGAAUAGAUUUAUAGGCACCUACGACGAUGUCCUCAAAGGCCUCGAGCUCACCCAAAAAUCUCGCUCAACAUUCAUCGCACUCAUAGUCGUUAUCCUUUUACUCCUCCUCACAAUUAUUAUCUUAAGUAUUUUGUGGCCCAGCAUUCCAUCUUACCUCAAGUAUCCAGUGUGCAACAGCAAAGCCUGCCUCGAAACGAGUUUGCAGAUUCUCUCGUGGUCCGAGCCCGAUGUCGAGGAUGCUUGUGAUGCUCCGCGCGCCUUAACCUGCGGACGUUUCCACGAAGAAUUCCAGGAACAUGAACUUUAUAAUCGUUACCGCGGCGAAUGGAAUUCCCGUAGUUUGUACAAAUACCGCGAAAUCAUGGACAUUAAUAAUUUUAUCACGAAACAACUCGUUAACUCGACGGGCAGCGGCGUUUUUAUCAAGGAAUUGUACAACAGUUGCCUGAAAUUGGACAAGACAGAUCGAGACAGCAGUUUUUCGUACUUGAAACGCGUGCUACGAUCAUUGGGUGGUUGGCGUAUAGUUGAUGAUGCUUUGAGUAAAUGGCAUUUAAAUAAAUGGACAAUUAAGGAAAGUCUGCCAGUUUUACACGAUAAAUUCGGGAUCUCGUUGUUCUUUAAGAUUUCUGUGAGAGAUCGAGAUACUCCACCAUAUGGUAAGAUAAUUGCCAUCAGUGAAGGAGAUUUUGGAUUGCCGCACAAAGAUUUGUAUCUCAUCGAUGAACAUAGUGAGAUAAUUCAAUCAUAUUUGGAGUUCCUGGCAAACGUCUUCAAACUCUUUGAUCGCACGUCGGAAGAAGCUAAAAAGUUCGCCAAAAUCGUUUACAACUACGAAAAACGAAUUGUCAAAGAUGCCUAUUACCUUAACAAAGAAGUUCCCAGCACUGGAGAAAUCAUUCAACUUGGACGUCUUUUCCAAGAUGUAUCCUCUCUCGCGGUUUACGAUACCGUCAAAACAAUUUUCUCUAAAACUCGCUUGUCUGACACGACGGAUAUUUGGGUGGAGGAUUUGGAUAAACUUAAGGAAGCUUCUCGCAUUGUUUCAUCAACGGAGGCAUCGGUUCUUAAUGACAUCGUAGCAUGGUCAAUAAUCAAAAAAUUGCUGCCUUAUCUCUCGAGAGAUUUUCAAAAUAUUAACGCUCAAUUCCAUUACGACACGUAUCACAUUGAAAAUUUGGAGCCCACGUGGUACCAAUGCACCGAUACCGUUAAUAACUUUGUUCCUGUUGGCUUGGAAGUGCUUCGGCUUCAAAACCAACCACGUUUACGGACAUCGACGCAAAGCAAGGAGUACAUUCAGACAAUUUUUGAUGAACUCAAAGGCGUUGUCAAUGAAGAAAUUAACGAUGCUGUGUGGAUUAGCGAAGGUUUGAGCAAAUAUCUCAUCGAUAAAGUGUCAAAAAUGUCAAUCCAGAUCGGCGUUCCAUCUGAAGUUGUGCGCGACGAGAGAUUUUUGGAGAAUUAUUACUCGGAAUAUUUGCCACAAACGAUAACUUUUGUCGAAAAUGUCGAGCAAUUGUGGACUUUUGAGAAAACAAUUUUGGAAAAGCAGUUGGGAGAGUUGCCGCAUCAGGAUGAAUUAAUGUACGAAAUGUUCCCCGUUUCUGGAAGCAAAUAUCGUCCCGUGCGAUAUUCGAGUAACUUGAACACUUUGGUCAUGCAAGACAACCUGUUGCGUCAUAAUUACUUCAACAAAGAUAUUCCAAUUUCAAUAAAUUUUGCGAGAGUUGGUACAGAUAUUGCCGAAGCUCUUGUUGAAGCCAUUCAAACAUUAUCUCACCGCUACUCAAAUGACGUCCAGAGCUCAAAACCUUUGCCAUACGGAACUGUUAUCGAAGAACAAACCACUCGCUGUUUAAAACUCGCAACUCCUUUUGGUGUCCUCCCCAUCGAUGCGCAACGUGCUCAACUUGUGUCACUUUCCGCCACAAAACUCACAAAAACUGCCAUUACCGUAGCACUGAACAAGCUCAAGACGAAAGAUGAUCGCAGUGUCGCUCAAUUCGGACAUCAUUUAAGCGACGGUGAUCACGAACGACUUCCAAGUUUGCAAAAAUACGAUGCGCAUCAACUGUUUGAUUUUGUUCUCUUGCAACGACAUUGCAGUUCGGCUGCUUUGUCGUACAAAAAAUUGAAGCCAUUUGUCGAACAUGUCCUCGCCGAAGAAGAAACCUUUGAGAAUUUGUGGGAUAACGUCAAGCCGCUGCGAAAAGACUUUGAUUGCUCGAGCAAGAGUGCUGGAAAAUGUGAAAAAUUGUUAUGAUUCGUUCUGUGUCCUUCAGGAUUUUGCUUUCUUAUUUAAAUUUUAGACGGUUAUUGUUUCAAGUUAUACAACGAUUGGAUGCAAAAAUUUGAUAAUUUGAUACCUGAUAAUAUAUUUUAUUUUAUUUUAGGUUUAAAGCUGAAAAUGAGAUCAAUA